AUGGACAGUGAUUUACAUUCUAGUAACGAUAUUUCUCUAACUGUACCAGAGGAAUUGGAACUUCAAGGAGUUGAUAAUUGGUACACGAAAGAGGGUGUGUAUGGUGCAAAUGCGUAUUACUGCAAGUCUAAGAAAGAAGGAGUUCCAACGGAAGUAAAGGUGGCCAAACGGUUCUUUGAACAGGUUAAAGACGGAUAUCACGAAAAGGAAUUUGGAGCUCCACCCAAGGUUAGGAAAAUAGAAAGAGAUAUUCAGAUGACUGAUCAAAGAGUAACACGCUUAUCAAAUUAUCUUGCACUAGACGAUGAAGAUAUGCCUCAGGCAGCUAUACCACCAGAUUUAGGGGAUGAGAGGCUUAAUAGCUUGGUAUCCUUCUUGACCUACAAAUUUAAUGGUAUGGAUGAAAGGUUUGAUGCUAUGA